UUUCACUGCACAACAAGAUGGCGGCGGCGGCGGCGAGCGGAGCUGGCGGGGCUGCCGGGGCCGGGGCGGGGGGAGCCGGGCCCGCGGGCCGCCUGCUGCCUCCGCCCGCGCCGGGGCCCCCGGCCGCCCCCGCUGCCGUGUCCCCCGCGGCCGGCCCGCCGCGCCCCCCAGCCCCGGCCUCCCGCGGACCCAUGCCCGCCCGCAUCGGAUACUACGAGAUCGACCGCACCAUCGGCAAGGGCAACUUUGCGGUGGUCAAGCGGGCCACGCACCUCGUCACCAAGGCCAAGGUUGCUAUCAAGAUCAUAGAUAAGACCCAGCUGGAUGAAGAAAACUUGAAGAAGAUUUUCCGGGAAGUUCAAAUUAUGAAGAUGCUUUGCCAUCCCCAUAUCAUCAGGCUCUACCAGGUUAUGGAGACAGAACGGAUGAUUUAUCUGGUGACAGAAUAUGCUAGUGGAGGGGAAAUAUUUGACCACCUGGUGGCCCAUGGUAGAAUGGCAGAAAAGGAGGCACGUCGGAAAUUCAAACAGAUCGUCACAGCUGUCUAUUUUUGUCACUGUCGGAACAUUGUUCAUCGUGAUUUAAAAGCUGAAAAUUUACUUCUGGAUGCCAAUCUGAAUAUCAAAAUAGCAGAUUUUGGUUUCAGUAACCUCUUCACUCCUGGGCAGCUGCUGAAGACAUGGUGUGGCAGCCCUCCCUAUGCUGCACCUGAACUAUUUGAAGGAAAAGAAUAUGAUGGACCCAAAGUGGACAUCUGGAGCCUUGGAGUUGUCCUCUAUGUGCUUGUGUGCGGUGCCCUGCCGUUUGAUGGGAGCACACUGCAGAAUCUGCGGGCCCGCGUGCUGAGUGGAAAGUUCCGCAUCCCAUUUUUUAUGUCCACAGAAUGUGAGCAUUUGAUCCGCCAUAUGCUGGUGUUAGACCCCAAUAAGCGCCUCUCCAUGGAGCAGAUCUGCAAGCACAAGUGGAUGAAGCUAGGGGAUGCCGAUCCCAACUUUGACAGGUUAAUAGCUGAAUGCCAGCAACUAAAGGAAGAAAGACAGGUGGACCCCCUGAAUGAGGAUGUCCUCUUGGCCAUGGAGGACAUGGGACUGGACAAAGAGCGGACACUGCAGUCAUUAAGAUCAGAUGCCUAUGAUCACUAUAGUGCAAUCUACAGCCUGCUGUGUGAUCGACAUAAGAGACAUAAAACCCUGCGUCUCGGAGCACUUCCUAGCAUGCCCCGAGCCAUGGCCUUUCAAGCACCAGUCAAUAUCCAGGCGGAGCAGGCAGGUACCGCUAUGAACAUCAGCGUUCCCCAGGUGCAGCUGAUCAACCCGGAGAACCAGAUUGUGGAGCCGGAUGGGACACUGAAUUUGGACAGUGAUGAGGGUGAAGAACCUUCCCCUGAAGCAUUGGUGCGCUAUUUGUCCAUGAGGCGGCACACAGUGGGUGUGGCUGACCCACGCACGGAAGUUAUGGAAGAUCUGCAAAAGCUCCUACCUGGCUUUCCUGGAGUCAACCCACAGGCUCCAUUCCUGCAGGUGGCCCCUAACGUGAACUUCAUGCACAACCUGUUGCCUAUGCAAAAUUUACAGCCAACCGGGCAACUUGAGUACAAGGAGCAGUCUCUACUACAGCCGCCCACGCUACAGCUGUUGAAUGGAAUGGGCCCCCUUGGCCGGAGAGCAUCAGAUGGAGGAGCCAACAUCCAACUGCAUGCCCAGCAGCUACUGAAGCGCCCACGGGGACCCUCUCCGCUUGUCACUAUGACACCAGCAGUGCCAGCAGUUACCCCUGUGGACGAGGAGAGCUCGGAUGGGGAGCCAGAUCAGGAAGCUGUGCAGAGGUACUUGGCAAAUAGGUCCAAAAGACAUACACUGGCCAUGACCAACCCUACAGCUGAGAUCCCACCGGACCUACAACGGCAGCUAGGACAGCAGCCUUUCCGUUCCCGGGUCUGGCCUCCUCACCUGGUACCUGAUCAGCAUCGCUCUACCUACAAGGACUCCAACACUCUGCACCUCCCUACGGAGCGUUUCUCCCCUGUGCGCCGGUUCUCAGAUGGGGCUGCGAGCAUCCAGGCCUUCAAAGCUCACCUGGAAAAAAUGGGCAACAGCAGCAGCAUCAAACAGUUGCAGCAGGAGUGUGAGCAGCUGCAGAAGAUGUACGGGGGGCAGAUUGAUGAAAGAACCCUGGAGAAGACCCAGCAGCAGCAUAUGUUAUACCAGCAGGAGCAGCACCAUCAAAUUCUCCAGCAACAAAUUCAAGACUCUAUCUGUCCUCCUCAGCCAUCUCCACCUCUUCAGGCUGCAUGUGAAAAUCAGCCAGCCCUCCUCACCCACCAGCUCCAGAGGUUAAGGAUUCAGCCUUCAAGCCCACCCCCCAACCACCCCAACAACCAUCUCUUCAGGCAGCCCAGUAAUAGUCCUCCCCCCAUGAGCAGUGCCAUGAUCCAGCCUCACGGUGCUGCAUCUCCCUCCCAGUUUCAAGGCUUACCUUCCCGCAGUGCAAUCUUCCAGCAGCAGCCUGAGAACUGUUCCUCUCCUCCCAACGUGGCAUUAACCUGCUUGGGUAUGCAGCAGCCUGCCCAGUCACAGCAGGUCACCAUCCAAGUACAAGAGCCUGUUGACAUGCUCAGCAGCAUGGCAGGUACCGCUGCAGGAUCUAGUGGGCGGGGCAUCUCCAUCAGCCCCAGUGCCAGUCAGAUGCAGAUGCAGCACCGUACCAACCUGAUGGCCACCUUCAGCUACGGGCACCGUCCCUUGUCCAAGCAGCUGAGUGCGGACAGUGCAGAGGCUCACAGUGCCCAUCAGCAGCCGCCACACUAUACCACAUCGGCACUACAGCAGGCCCUGCUGUCCCCCACACCGCCAGACUAUACAAGACACCAGCAGGUACCCCACAUCCUUCAAGGACUGCUCUCUCCACGGCAUUCGCUCACCGGACACUCAGACAUCCGGCUGCCCCCAGCAGAGUUUGCACAGCUCAUUAAAAGGCAGCAGCAACAACGGCAGCAGCAGCAGCAGCAGCAGCAGCAACAGCAAGAAUAUCAGGAACUGUUCAGGCACAUGAACCAAGGGGAUGCGGGGAGUCUGGCUCCCAGCCUUGGGGGACAGAGCAUGACAGAGCGCCAGGCUUUAUCUUAUCAAAAUGCUGACUCUUACCACCAUCACACCAGCCCCCAGCACCUGCUACAAAUCAGGGCACAAGAAUGUAUCUCACAGGCUUCCUCAGCUACCCCGCCCCACGGGUAUGCUCAUCAGCCGGCACUGAUGCAUUCAGAGAGCAUGGAGGAGGACUGCUCGUGUGGGGGGGCCAAGGACAGCUUCCCAGACAGUAAGAGUUCAAGUACAUUGACCAAAGGUUGCCAUGACAGCCCUCUGCUCUUGAGUACCGGUGUACCUGGGGACCCUGAAUCUUUGCUAGGAACUGUGAGUCACACCCAGGAAUUGGGCAUACAUCCCUAUGGACAUCAGCCGACUGCUGCGUUCAGUAAAAAUAAGGUGCCCAGCAGAGAGCCUGUCAUAGGGAACUGCAUGGAUAGAAGUUCUCCAGGACAAGCAGUGGAGCUGCAGGAUCACAACGGGCUUGGGUACCCAGCACGCCCCUCCGUCCACGAGCAGCACAGGCCCCGGGCCCUCCAGAGACACCAUACCAUCCAGAACAGCGACGAUGCUUAUGUACAGCUGGAUAACUUGCCAGGAAUGAGUCUCGUGGCUGGGAAAGCACUUAGUUCUGCCCGGAUGUCAGAUGCAGUUCUCAGCCAGUCUUCGCUCAUGGGCAGCCAGCAGUUUCAGGAUGGGGAAAAUGAGGAAUGUGGGGCAAGCCUGGGAGGUCAUGAGCACCCAGACCUGAGUGAUGGCAGCCAGCAUUUAAACUCCUCUUGCUAUCCAUCUACCUGUAUUACAGACAUUCUGCUCAGCUACAAGCACCCUGAAGUCUCCUUCAGCAUGGAGCAGGCAGGCGUGUAACAAGAAACAGAGAGUUGUGUGUACAGCUUGGGAAUGAAAAGGUUGAUUGAAAACCCACAGUAUCUAGCAGCGCUGCGCCAAAUUGCCCUUGUGUUUCUCUCCACCCAGAAUAUCACAGCUCCUCUCCUCACAUUUGGUUCAUCCGUGUGCUGUUCUUUUGGGUUCUGAGACGGUUUUGCCAUGUUUGCUUGUAUGACCAAGUCAUCAAGGAAAUAAACAGGAAAUCCAUGUUCUCCAUCUUUUGUGAAAAUAUAUUUGAGUUGGUGGUUUUGUUGUUUCGUUUGGGGGUUUGCGUUUUGUUUUGUUUUUGGUAUGUUUUCUUCUGGAGGUGAUUUACUUUCUUUUUUCUUUCUUUCUUUUUUUCCUUUUGUUCCUUUUUUGAAACAGGAGAGCAAAGCAGUUAGAUCAGAGGCCAGGGGCCUCAGGGCCACUCCCUCCCUAGCCUUCAUCAGCCUCCAUCUCCCUGUACUGCUCUUCUGCAAAAGCAAAUACCAGAGGAUGCCAUCCUCUGGAAUCCUCAUGGCAGGCAAAGGGAGAGAGGAAGGGUGACGGCUUCUGGCACUUACAGAACAAAAAGAACAAAGAGAAACCCCCAAGCCUGGAACCUAGAGAGGUCUUUACUGCUGGGAUCCACAGAAAAACAUGUCUGUCCCAGCCAAGAUCAUAUGAAGCGUUUAGCAUGGAGGCUGAGAAUUACCGGGCAUAGAUGGUUUGCCAGUUAGAAUGUCUCAAUUUGAGCCUUUGCUUUUGGUGGGUAUCUCAGCUCCCCUCUUGUAACCUGGAAAGUUGGUUGCCUUGAUCAUCCUGCUGGUUUUAUCCAUGGAUAAACACCCAACAGCAGUGUACUAUGCUUUCUGUGGAAUCUUUCAUUCUCAUUUUAUAUUGUCCAUAAAAAGAAUUGUUUCUCCAUAUAUAUUAUAUAUGUAUGUGUGUAUAUAUAUAAUAUAUAAUAUAUAUAUAUGCUCUCCCCUUUCAGCCUCUUUGUCACAGGCAAGAAGCGUCGGAGGUCGCCUCGGGCCCUGCCUCUCUCCUAACCUCCUCCUCCCCUCUGGGCACCCUCAGCCCCUGUAUUAAUUCUUGAUCAUGUAGAAAUUGUUUUUGGUAAAUGUUGAUAUUAUUGUUAUUAUCAUUAUUAAUAAAUAAAGACAAAAGGAAUUUUUGUUUAAAAGAGAAAUGUUUAACCAGAUUCUGUUCUAUUUGAAUCGUGACUUGCACCUUUUGUUCGAAGUAUUUCCUUUAGGCAUUGUAAUUGUGAACCGCUCUUACUUGUGCCAGUGACAGAUGCAGUGAUCGCCUUUCCCCAGUUGAAGCAGUGCAUACGCAAUAGCUAUUGUUUGUGUUAUCUUUAUUUCUCUUCAUUGUUAGAAACCAAAGUCUUCUCUGCUGGCUGGGGCUGAGAGGGGGUCUGGGUUAUCACCUUCUGAUCUUCAAAACAAGAGAGAGACCUUGAAUACUCUGACUCUCCAUCCUUUUUUUUUUUUUUCUGGGAAAGGAGAGCAAGAAUUCCCGAGUCCCCUCCUAGUCUUUCGUCCUGAAUUUGCACAGAGAAAAGCGGGUGCCCAGCAUGGCCAUCCUGAUGUUGCUGGCGGGAUCCCCAUGCACCGUGUCCUUCACUGAUACUGGCAGCUCAGCUCCUGGACCCAAUAUCCCUUGAGUGGAAUUCUGCAGUGCAAGAGCCUUUCCUGGGAGCAGUCCCGUGUUUCCAUGGUCCCCAGUCUCCCCUCCACUUGGUGGGGUCACCAACUACUCUCCAGAAGGGGGCUUACCAAGAAAGCCCUAAAAGCCGUUGUUUGACUUCUCUGGGCUUGUUCUGACUUCUCUGGGCUUGUUCCGACUCUUCUGCCCCCGACUUGCCCUAGCACCGCCACACGUUCAGCCUGAUCUGUUUACAUGGUACUGUAUGUAUGGGAGAGCAGACCGCACCCUCCAGCAACACCAGAUGAAAGCCAGUGAGUCUACUAACCGUGCCAUCUUGCAAACUACACUUUAAAAAAACUCAUUGCUUUGUAUUGUAGUAACCAAUAUGCGCAGUAUAUGUUGAAUGUAUAUGAACAUACUUUCCUAUUUCUGUUCUCUGAAAAUGUCAAGUAUUUUUUUCUUUCUCACUUUAUGUUGAACUAAAAAGGAUUUAAAAAAAUCUCCAGACUC